UUUUACAGCAUUGUUCGAAAUUUUUUAAUUCGUCAACACUAAACAGUUAUGAAAAAUUUAGAACUUUGGGAAGUAAAUACCAGAGGUAUUAACAUAAACUCGAAAGAAAAGUUCCAUUUAUGUUACAAUUAUGAUGGAGAAAAUACAGUUAAAUUUUUUGCCGUCACACAUAACCUACAAGUAUCAAAUAUUGAUGAAUCUGGAGCUAUUAAUUGGACAAAAGAUAUAUCUGAAAUUACCAACUGUGAGAAUAUUCCUGUAAAUAUAACUUACAUCUCAUUAUCAAAUCAGUUAUGCAUUGCAUUAGCAAAUGGAGAGCUAAUCACAAUUGACGAAUCUGGAAGUGAUUAUGAACUAGUGGGAGUUUUUGAAAAUGGAUUGAUGGCAAUGGAGUGGAGUCCAGACCAAGACAUACUAGUUUUAGUCACCAAAGAUUUAAAAAUGAUAACUAUGUCAUGUACAUUUGAUCCUAUAUCUGAAGUGGAAUUGUUGAGUGAUGAUUUUGGAAAGAAAGAAUUUAUAACUGUAGGUUGGGGCAAAAAAGAAACACAAUUUCAUGGAUCAGUUGGAAAGCAAGCUGCUAAACAGAAACUGGAAUUUUCAGAUGAAAAUGAAAGUACAGAUUCACGUGUCAAAAUUACAUGGCGAGGUGAUGGAAAUUUAUUUGCAGUUGGUUUUGCAAUGAAUGGUCUGAGGAGAUUCAAAGUAUUUGAUAGAGAAGGAAAUUUACAGUACACAAGUGAAAAGCAACCAGGACUUGAAUGUAAUUUAUCAUGGCGUCCAUCAGGAAAUCUAAUAGCUACAACACAAAAGAUUAAUAAUAAUUAUGUUAUAGCAUUCUUUGAAAAGAAUGGUUUGAAACAUGGUGAAUUCAAAAUUCCAGUCAACUCGAAGACUAUUGUGGAAGAUCUCUAUUGGAGUCCAGACUCGGAAAUAUUGACUUUGAGCUGCAAAGACUUAGAAGAUAAUACACAGAAAAUACUUCUUUUCACCACAAGCAAUUACCAUUGGUAUCAAAAGCAGAUUAUGAUAUUUCAUGAUGCUGAAAGAAUUGAUCAAAUCUUUUGGGACAAUGACUUUGACGUUGCAAGUAAUAAAAAAUUACAUAUUGUUUUACAGAAUGGUAAACAUUUUAUUUAUUCUUGGAUUUGGACAAUCAGCCAUAGUCGAGGAAAGAAUAGUGAAGAUGAUGCCAUGGUUGCUGUUAUAGAUGGGCGUAAAUUAUUACUGACAGGUUUUAGGCAGACUGUAGUUCCGCCACCGAUGGCCAGUCUGGUAUUAGAAUUGGAUUCUGAUAUACAUUCAGUUCAUUUUGCACCACCUCAUAUGCAAAAUAAUCAUAAUUGUAUUACAAAUUCUUUCUUUGUAAAUACAGAAGAGAAAUUAAUAUUUUUCGAACAAACACAAAAGUUCCCUCUACAGUAUAAAACUGUCAAGACUAUCAACAAAGAUGUGCACAGUUUUCCAUUUCAAAUUUACAAUUGGUACUGGUUAAAUUGUAAUACAAUAGUUGCUGCACAAGUUGACAAGUUAAAUUGUUACAAUUUGAUUGAAUAUGAUAUAAGUAAUGAAGUACUUUCACAAAGCAAGACUGUGCCUUUACCUGCACCAGUUGUGCGUCUUCACAGCGAUCCAAUUGACCCAUCAACUGUUUUUCUCCAACUAAAUACUGGUGAAAUUAUGAAAUACAGCUCUGGUAAAAAUGUUACUAUCCAAGAUAUAUCUUUCAAAACAUCUUGUAGUAAAUUUGAUAUUGUUUUUAUACAAAAUAAGUUACACUUUUUGGGUCUUUCACAGAAAGGAAAUUUAUAUAUUGAUAAUGUCAGUGUACUAAACAAUGUUAGUUCAUAUUUUGUACAUACAAGUUUCCUUCUUAUAACAACAUUGCAACAUUAUCUUCUUUGUACUGAAUUAUCACAAACUGGGUUUGAAGCUAUUACAGAAUAUCAGAAAAAUGAUUCACCUCAAGUUUAUAAACGAAAGAUUGAAAGGGGUGCAAAAUUAGUAAUAUCUGUACCAAAUGCAACCAACACAAUAUUUCAAAUGCCUAGAGGUAAUCUAGAAACAAUUCAACCUCGUCCGUUGUCAUUAAAAAUCAUUGGAGAACAACUCGAUUCACUGGAUUAUGAAAAAGCAUUUGAUUUAAUGAGAAAACAACGGAUAAAUCUUAAUUUAAUAUAUGACCAUAAUCCUAAGUUGUUCCUCGACAAUAUAGAUAAAUUCUUAGAUUCUAUUAAAAACACAUCAUGGCUCUGUCUUUUUCUAUCAGAUUUAGAAAACUCCGAUGUUACUAAAACUAUGUAUAAAAGUAGUUACAAAAAUAAUGUCAACAAUGAAAGUAUGAAAAUCCAAGAGAUAUGUGACAUUGUACAAACACAAAUAAACAAAAGAAGUGAUAGAAGUGACAAAAUAUUACCUUUAUUAACAACAUAUAUAAAGAAAAAUACAAUUGAAGACCUAGAAAAGGCUUUAUUGAUAAUAAAAGAAAUAAAAGUUCAUGAAAUGGGUAACAAUAAGCUAGCAGUAGGAUCUGAUGAGGCAAUAAGGUUUCUCUUAUACAUGGUUAAUGUUGAUGAACUUUUUAAUGUUGCCCUCGGUAUGUAUGAUUUCGAUUUAGUAUUGCUAGUUGCAAAUAAAUCACAAAAAGACCCAAAGGAAUAUAUUCCGAUGUUAAAUGAAUUAAAUGGUAUGGAUGAUAAUUAUAAGAAAUUUUCAAUAAAUAAAUAUCUAAAGAGAUUUGAUAAAGCAGUAAAGUACCUUGUUAAGUGUGGCAGUGAUAAGUAUGAAGAGUUAAAGGCAUUUGUUAAAUAUCACAGCCUUUAUAAAGAGGCAUUAGCACUCUUUAAUGAAAAUGAAGAUAUUUAUAAAGAAAUAGCUGAUGAUUUUGGUCUUUAUUUAAAGUUAAAAAAGGACUUUGUUGAAGCUGGUGUUGUUUAUGAAAGAUCUAAAAAUUAUAUAAAGGCUGUAGAUUGUUAUAAAGAAGCUUUAGAAUGGGAAUUAGCUUUAAGUGUAGUACAUCAUCUGACUGAUGAUCAGAGAUUAGAAACAUGUAGGUAUCUAGUAGAUGCUUUGAAAGAUGAAAAACGUCAUAAAGAAGCAUUAACCAUAUUGGAACAACAUUUGCAAAAUGGUGUUGAUGCAAUAAUUUAUGCAAUUGAGAAUGGUCAAUAUAAAACAGCGAUACGACUAUUGUCUAAAUACAACAGACCAGACUUAAGAGAGCAACGUCUUUUGCCUGCAUUAUUAGAAGAGUAUCAGAAUCUCAAAGGUUUAAUUGAAAAUAAUUUGAAAGAUUUUAUAAAACAUAGAACACGAUUAUCAGAAGUGAGAGAGAAUAAGCUAAAUAAAGCUGAUUAUAUGUAUGAUGCGUUUAAUACAAAUAAAGACGAUGAUUUGUAUUCAGAUGCAGGUAGUACUAUAGCAUCAUCUGGUUCAGGGAGAUCUUUCCGAUCUAGUAAGAACAGAAGAAAACAUCAGAGAAAAGUUGCUUCAUUGAAAGAGGGUUCACAAUACGAGGAUGUAGCACUAAUUAUGACGCUCCACAGUCUUGUUACAUCAUCAUUUAACUUGAGGUUGCAAGUCAAAGAUGUCAAUGUAACAUUGAGCGUUUUUAACAAGGACAAAAUGGCCUCUGAAUUACAGAAAAAUCUGGACAAUCUCCUGAAUGAGAUGAGGAGUCACUUUAAAGAAAUAUGGACAAAUGAUCUUGUCUUACAAGCCACCAAAGCUGCGAUAGACGCUGAAAAUAUACCUGAAGGAUCUAAUGUUAUAGCUGAUAGCUUAUCAUUCCUUGAGCCUCAUGUAAGAAUAGCACCAGUUAUUCAAGAUAUAAGCUGGAAACUAGAAGGUCUAAGCUAA